GCACAGUGGCACAGUUAUCUAAUUUGCCGAUGCGUGAAAGAAUGGUGUCAUAAGAGUUGAGACCUCUAUCGCUCGCGAUUCCAGAAGCGGUAUGAUCCAUUGCUGAGGGGGCUCCUGACACUUCACGUGAUCCCAGCUGUGUAUACGCCGACGGCGGAGAGAGUGGAGCACCUUGUGUUUUGUUGCUGCCCGGCUGCCCUUCGUGGACGCAGCGCGCCAAGGAUCCAAGCUGCCGUCUGCUCUCAGCUGUCCCGCUCGCCGACGACGCUGCCUCGAAAAGUUUGAGGACGACGUUGCCAAAAUUCGAAGAUGGCAGAAGCCAGAAGCGCCGUCGCGGGUCUACAGGUGCGCGAAAUUGAGGACGAACAAAGUUCCUGUGGAAACAUUUUUCGUGUAUGGCUGAGGACUGCCGUGAGGAAAUAUCAUCGCGUCAGGAAUUCCAUCAGCAAUGGCAUGUGGCCAACGUCUGUGCUCAAUAUCUGCAUACUUUGUAUAUUAGUUUUUCUCUUUAUGCUCUCGGACAUAGAGGUUGCGGAGUCAAUCAAAGAGCUUUUCUGGGAUACUGGUGACAAACUUCAUGUGCCUCAUGAACUACCGGCCACAGUUAGGGCCAUCAUUGUUGCUUGCUUCAUCAGUGUGGUGCUGUCCGUUGUAUUUAUGAAAGUUCGCCAAAUCAUACUUCGCAGUCUACUAAGCUACCGAGGAUGGAUGUACGAACCUACGACGCCCGGCCAGAGGUACCUGACUAUGCUCUGGUGCCUCGCCGUGCGAGUCGUCAGCGGCUACCAGCCGUCACUGUACAGUUGCCAACGGUCAUUACCAAGGCUCCCAGUGCCUGCUUUGCACGACACCAUCGUACGCCUGCUUGAAUCCCUCAGAGCAGUCUGCACUCCGGAAGAGAUGAAAGUCCUUGAAAUGCAGGCACAGAAAUUUGAGUCAACUUUGGGCCCCACACUACAGCGGCUUCUGUAUCUGCGGUCCUGGAUCUCAAGCAACUAUGUUACCGAGUGGUGGGAAAAGUACAUCUACUUAAGCAACCGUAUGCCUCUAGCCAUCAACAGCAACUACUACUGUUUCGACCAGAGCUACUCUCAUCCGUCUCACAUUCAGUCCUCAAGGACAGCAGUGAUCAUUCACAACUGCCUAGUUUUCAAGCGCCUCAUCGACCGUGAAGAACUCCAGCCCCUCGUUCUUCGUGGCACAGUUCCCAUUUGCAUGUCCCAGUAUGAAAGGCUCUUCUCAACUACAAGGGUACCUGGUGUAGAUAUUGACGAAAUCUGCCACUACAGUUCGACUGAAUCAAAGCACGUUAUGCUGCAACAUAAAGGAUUUUCCUACAAGCUUGAUGUGUAUGACGCUGCAAACCAAAUCCUUUUUCCGACAACGCUCGAGCAUCAGAUUGAGUGGAUAAUGGAAGAUGCCAAGAAGCACACUGCCAGUGAAGCCGAGGCAUCUUUGGCCGCUCUCACCACGCUAGACAGGGUGACGUGGGCGAAGAUUCGGCAGAAGCACUUCUCUCAUGGCAUAAACAGAGAGAGUCUGAAUGCCAUCGAGAAGGCCACCUUUUUUGUAAGCAUGAAUGACCUGGAACCAAGGGGCCUGACUGAAAGGGGGAAGUUACUGCUCCACGGUGACGGCCGGAGCAUCUGGUUCGACAAGUCUCUCAACGUUCAAGUGUUCAAGGACUGCACGUCGGGCAUGAACUGCGAGCACAGCAUGGCCGAUGCGCCUGCAAUGGCCCACAUGUGGGAGUCCACCAUUACGAGGGAAGUGCUCGAGAAGCUGUACGACGAGUCCGGCCGCUGCAUGCCACCGGGCAAGAAGCUCAAGCAGUAUGCCAUCCUGCGACCCCAGCGUCUCGUGUGGGACAUCUCGCCUGAACUGGAGAAGGACAUUGCCGAGGCUCUGGCUAAAGCAAGGAAGGCCAAUGAUGAUCUGGAUUUGUUUGUGAGAGACCAUGAUGGAUGGGGUAAAGGGGUCAUCAAGAAAUGCAGGGUAUCGCCGGAUGCAUUCAUCCAGAUGGCUCUGCAGCUUGCGUACUACAAAGAGAACAAGAAGUUUGUUCAGACAUACGAAGCGAGCAUGACUCGGCUCUACCUCAAUGGUCGGACUGAGACGGUGCGAUCAUGCACUAUCGAGGCCACGGAAUUUGUGAGGGCAAUGGUGGAGAACAGUGUGAGUACGGAGGAGAAGAUUCGUCUCCUUAAACGUGCAUGUGCCAAGCAUCAGAGGCUUUACCGGGACGCCAUGAGCGGCAAGGGUGUCGACAGGCACCUCUUUGCUCUCUACGUGGCCUGCAAGGGUCUGAAAUAUGAAAGUGAAUUUCUGACCAACGUGCUCAUGCGUCCCUGGACAUUGUCUACGAGCCAGACUCCUCACACACAGCUGGAUUACUCGCCCGAUGCAGACUUGGAGGUGUUCAGGAACAAGAUUUGUCCAGGAGGUGGUUUCGGGCCAGUGUCCGACGACGGCUACGGAGUAUCCUACAUCUUUCCGAACAACUCCAAGAUCUUCUUUCACGUUUCGUCCAAGAAAUCCUGCGCGAGCACAAACUCUGAGAGGUUUGUGAGGACGAUAGAAGAAAGCAUGGACGAAAUGAAGGCUCUGUUUGGGUUUUAGGGCAAAGGGUAGGUAUCACAAGAGCCUCAGCGCAACCAAACAGAGCCACUAGCGCCGGUCAUGACACCGUCGAAGGUGGUUCUUCGAGGCUAAUUUUGCAAGAGAGCUCUCCCCUUUUCAUUCGUGUGCUCAACUUUCUUACAAAGUUGGAAGUGUUAAGUUUCAGGUGGCCUUUCGUGCAUCUUCAGUUUUUUGAUCAAUGACAUAAUGUUCAAGGUAUUGUAGCGUAUGCUGAUCCUCAUGUACCAGCAGAUUACGUAUGUCGACGAAUCUUGCUUUGAUUUUAAUGGUGAUGGUGGGAAAUGGAAUGAAGCUUUUAAA